GGGCUGGAGGCUGCAGCGCUCCGCGUCGGAAUCGCUAUCCCAAGCCUCAGAGCGCCAUGGGCACCUCUUCAGAGACGCUGGUGCGGUUGGGGAGGCGCAGGGGACAGGCGAAGGAAGGCCCGGAAAUAAAGAACUCUAAAGAAGAUCAAGUUCUCUGUCCACCUCUUCUACCUAGCAAAGCAGAUCUCCAGGAGGUCACCAUAAUUCCACACAAUGAGUGGGAAAGGAUUCGAGGUAGCCUUGACAGUUUGACAAGAAAAGCAGCAAGCCUUCGUGCAGAAAGAAAGGAAAAGAAAGAAAUGCAUCUCCGAUCCCAAGAAGUGGUAAAACAUUGGACUAAUACAUAUGCAGGUAUGAAAGAACAGAAACUUGAAGCCAAAAAGAAGCGUGAUAAAGAACUAGAGGCAGAAAGACAGAUCCUUGAUAUGGAAGAAGCAAUACAAAAACAGGGAGAAAGAAAAAAGGCCAUUGAGCGUGCAAAGCAAUAUCAAUUUUACCAGACAGAAAGAGUGAAACACUUCCAUUCGGGACUUAUUCUUAGUAGAGUGAUGAAAGAACGUGAUGCACAGAUUGAAAACCAAAAGAGUAGAAUAAAAUCAGAUAAAAAAUGGGAGGAACAAUUGAAGCUCAACAUUGAACAAGCUUUUAAGGAAGAACAAGAAAAAGCAGCAAAACGACGCAGAGAUAGAGUGGCCCUUGCCAACGAUCAUUUGAAACAAAUAAAGGAACAUGAAGAGGAAGAAGAAAUAAGGAGAAAAUGUGAAGAAAAGGAUACUGAGGAAAUAAAGCGACAGAAUUCAUUAUAUGAAAUAGAAAUGAGAAAAACACUAGAAAAGAAAAAAGAAGAGAUAAACGAAAGGAGGAAACUAUUUUUUAAACAUAUGAGUGAUAAAAAUAUCAUUAAAGCUGUAGAACAGCAGCAGCAAGAGGAGGAAGAUGAAAAGAUUAGAAAAUUUAUCAAAGCAAAAAAGCGACUGACACAAAUGAGGAAAGAAAAAGAAGCUGAAACACACAGGCUGAUGGAGGAACGUAGAGAAAGAAUAAAUAACUUCCUGAGUGGACUAAUGAAACAGAAACUCGACAAUGAAGAUUUGAUUAUUGCUAGAGAUAUAGAGGAAGCUGACGCUGAAUGGGAAAAAAGGGAAAAGGAAAAAUAUGAAAAAAACAAAGCAGAAUUAAAAGCGAUUGAAGAAUAUAGAGACCUUGUGAUGAAAAAUAAAGAGGAAGAAGAAAGACAAAGAAAAAUAGAGGGUAAAGAACAUUUGCUGGCUGUCAUGAAGGCAGAUAAGGCUUUCUGGGAGCAUGAAAAGGAGAAAAAACGCAAAGCUGAUAAAGAACGCCUCGAAGUUCAGGAUGCCCAUAUUCAGCAAAUGGCCAAAAAUAAGUUUAAUGCACAGCAAGCAAAACAAGCACAACUAGAGUAUUGCAGACUUACUAACGAUCUUGUGGUUGAAAAGGAGAAAGAAUUUCAAGAUUAUGCCAGAGAAGUAAUUGAACUUGAGUCUGAAUCAACAAAUAAAUAUGUUUUUCCACUUGUAAAAUCUGUACAGGGAGGACCCGGAGGUGGCCAUGGACCAGCUUUUAUGGACAGAGGUGGAUUAAGACCUAGCUAUCAGGCAAAUGAUUUCUCUGGAGUCCAGCUCCCUUGUUAUAACUCUCAGGGAUCAAAAUAUAAUAAUUUUCAAAAGUCUAAGGGAAGGCUAGGUUUUACAUGGUAGAAAAAAGUUUAUUUUUAAGAUUGAGAGACUAAACUGUAACUAAUAAGCUACAAAUGCUUAUAUUUUAAUAAACUGCUCUUCAUCUAAGUAUAAUUAUGUUGGAUCUUCACCCCUGGUUUAUUUUUUAUAAAAAUACAUACACAACAUAAAAUGUGUAAUUUUAACCACUUA